AUGACCACUACUCCAGUCCUUUCUCUUCCAGACUUUUCCAAACCUUUUGUUCUUGAAACGGAUGCUUGUGCUAUUGGAAUUGGAGCAGUCUUAAUGCAAGAGGGCGGACCAAUUGCCUUAUUUAGCAAACCCUUAGGUCCUAGAGCAAUGAGCCUGUCCACUUAUGAAAAAGAACUAAUGGCUGUGGGAUCAACUGUGACUAAGUGGAUACACUAUUUACAAGGCCGUCAUUUCACUAUAAAGACUGACCACGAGAGCAUAAAGUAUUUUCUAGAGCAGAAAAUCACUACUGGCAUCCAGAAAAAAUGGCUUAUGAAGUUGCUGGACAGGGACAAAGUGCUCACCAGCAAUUUCUGGCAGGAUUUAUUCAAGAAUUUAGGGACCAGUCUCAAGCUUAGUACUGCUUACCACCCUCAGACUGAUGGCCAAACUGAAAGGCUCAAUGCUUGUCUUGAAAACUAUUUUAGAUGUAUGACUAGUCAUCAACCAAAGAACUUGAUGAGUUGGUUGGACUUGGCAGAGUGGUGGUACAAUACUAGUUAUCACACUAGCCUCAAGAUAUCUCCCUUUAAAUCUUUGUAUGGUUAUGAAGCUCCACAUUUGGCUUUCCCACCUUCUACUAUUACUUCAGUAGAUUCAGUUGAGAAGUAUCUAAAACAGAGAGAGAAUCUUACUUAUUCUCAAGGAAGCUUUAACUAA